CGUCCUUGUUUAGACCGUCUCGGGACCCUACGUCACCCCAGGCUCGUCCCCACCACCGUCGUUCUCUCCACGAUCUUGACUGUGCCGCCAUACCGUCGAUCACGACGUGAGGGAGAAAGAAAAAUAUCAACGCAGAGAGAACAAUGGCCGACCAGGCCAAAUCAAAUCCUCCUGCUGUCGUAUUGAACGGCAUGACUCAAAUGGAAGCGCCUGGCAGCGGCGUCGCCGUUGAGAAGCCUUCGCAAGAGGAUCCGACGGUCCCGCAGGAAGCAGCUCCGAGACCCUCAACAGAUUCAGCUCCCGCACCGGGCCAGAUACUGACCGGCAAACAAGAACACUACCUCAAGCGUGAGCUUCUUUCGCAGCAAGUGCGUUUUGAAAUUUCCGAACUUUCUUCGCCUACUGCCCUGCAGCGUUUCGGCGCCCCAUUUCGGUCAGAAUUUGGUGAAGUAGCUCCGAUAGAUUCAGACCUGCCGAUAUUGCGAUACAUUUUUGUGCAUCAUGUGCGAAACUUUCCAUUUCUAGACCAGGCGCGGGAAACGGAAUUUUGGCAAAAUAAGUUACAAGUGUUUCUAGAGUCGUUUGCCAACAAGCAUGUCUCUUCGUCGGAAGAUCGGCUGGAAAUGACCAAGCGUCGGAAGCUUGCGAUCAAGGCGCAGAAGCUGGUCGAGCUCAUGAUGGUUUCCGGUAUACCUACAGCGUCUGGAUAUGAAGAGCGGAUCCGAUUUUCCGAGAUUGAAGUGGUUGAUCGCGGUGCGCAAGAGCAGGGGCUUGUGUUGAACAUGCCCAAUGGCCAUGAGAUUAAUGGGUGGAAUGUGAACAUUGCUGGUGUGCGCACGACAUCUGUGAAGCGCACUGUUCGAUACCAUCAGCAUGCUGAAUUCCUCAUCAGCGUCAAGCAAGGAAAAGGCCCCGAGAUAUUUAUCGGUCGACGAUACGGCGAGUUUGCACGCCUGCAUAAACGUCUUCGCGUUGAGCUCCCCGGAAAGGUCUUGCCACCGCUGCCUCGAAAGAAUAAGAAUUCGACGACAUCAAACUUCCUUGGCGUCAAUGGCGACGACGCGUCGUCCGUGUCGUCCGUGUCGACACAAGAUAAUACUCCAUCUGAUGAGGGCAGCGGUUUGAGGAGCUUUGUUGGGUUAGGUCAUCGACGGGGUGGGUCCCUCAACAGUGUCAAGUCCCCACGAACCUCAGUUGAGAGUGUGCGAGACUCUGUGGUACUCUAUCGGGAGGACCAGCGUGUUUCGCUUCGCGCGUUCUUGAGGACCUUAUUGCAAAACCAAAUGAUUUCAGAGACAAAGGCCAUGAGCGAUUUCUUGACCGGCCGUCCCAUUCAACUCAAUGAGGAAGAAAAGGCAGACAUUCAGCGACGAACCGAAAUGGACGAGCGACGUGUCGAGGAGCAACGAAAAUUCUAUGAGAUUGCACGGCAAAGGGCGAAAGAACUUGAUGUGUAUAUGGAACGGUUCCGACGGGAUAUCGUUGAGAGCAACGGCUUGACCAAGCUCUUUAGAGAAAUUCGGGUCAAACAUAGCAUCGACGAGCUCAGCGUCGAAUACAAGAAAUUUGCUGAAUGGCUCCGUAUAGAAGUUGCUGCCACGAUAUACCACCUUUUCCUGGCGGAAGACAAUUCGCCAGAGAUGUUUGCACAGGCAAAGAGAAUACACUCCCUCAUUCCCUACACGCUCCUGAAGAAUGUUAUCCGCAUUGCAAAUCCAGCAGCAGUCAUGUCUGGUGUCUUAGACCUGUUCCUGGCUCAACCCUUUGGAUCUCGCUCGCUGUUGCAACGCAUCUUUUCAAUGGCGCUCAAUGACGGCAUCAGAUCAUUCCAGAAAGCUAUUGAUUCAAUAGCUCUCAAGAUUGAUGAUCCGGUCUUGUGUGAGAAAUUGAAAAAGUUUUGUGACUCCGAUGAAGAAACAAAGGACAUCAUCCGAGCAGAGGCUGCUAGUGAAGACAUUGACCUCUUGGUGGCCAUUCUGCGAACGGAUCUUCUUUCGCCGCCUUUGACGCCUGACCAGAUUGGAAAGGUAUUCAAUGCAUAUGUCGCAUGGAACAAUGCCGUGGAAAACGUUGAUGAGGAAAUGAAACAAGGAGCACAGCUCUUUGCAUCCUUGAAGCAGCUACUCAAGCUCUACACUCGUCAGAGGGACAAGAUGAUGAUGUUAAGCAUCAUUGAAGAGCCUGUUACACUACAGCUUUUCCGGGACUUGUUCACCAUCUUCUAUGAACCGCUUGUUCGGGUGUACAAGUCAGCCAAUGUGUACAAUAGUGUGACCGACUUUGCCGCCUUUUUCGAAGACAUGAUCCAUGUCGUUGAGCGCGCACAGCGACAGGACGUCGCCGCUGACCCCAACCAGACUGUCCAAUCAUUCAUCGACCUCUGCGCUCGCCACCAAGACAACUUUUACAAGUUUGUUCACGAGGUGCAUCUCCACGACAACGGCCUGUUUGAGCAACUCAUGGGCUGGCUAGAGGGCAUUCUUGAAUUCCUCCGAAACGGGCCCAAGGGCGGCAAGCUCGAUAUGAAUGCCUUGUUCCAGGGCGCAAAGGACGUUGGACAAAUUGACAAGCAAGUGGCGCUCAAGGAAAUUGACGCCUUGAUCCACUGGCAAGAAGAGCGGAAAAAGUGGCAUUACGACAAGACCAGGCAGAAGAUGGCUGCCGAUGGAAACGCUGCCACCGUAGCAGAUGCCCCAGGCGCGAAUACCUUUAAGAGUUCAGACUUUGGCCUCAAUGAGAUGGACCUCCAAGAUCUCAACAUCGAAGAUGACGACGAGGCAAGCGAGUCUGAAGACGAAGACGAGAACCUCGACCCCUUUGCGGCAGAGCGUAAACGUCGCGCCAAGCGGCAGGACCGCUUACGGCGCACGGCCGGCGAACCUAUCAAGCCGCCCGUCAGCGAGCUUCUCAAGCUCCAGCCUGGCUUCCUCGCCAUGCUGAGAAUGGUCUUGGCCGAUUAGUUCUUGCAUCUGGAUGUCCAUUGUAUGGUUUGAUCCAGGAGUGCAUUGCAACUUUUCAUUAAACUUGGCCCUUGCUCUAUUUGUACUCUUUUCCUACUUCUUUCUUUCCAAGGCUGGUCCUUGUAUUCUGUCCUUUUUCACCGCUUCCACCCUUUUUUUUUUUUUGUAGUUUUGCUCUCCUCUGCUCUGCUCUGAUACCUCCUGUGUCCCUGUCUCCUAAUCUGUUUUUUAACACUUAUCACUUUUUACAUUUUCACAUGCAGCUUACGCCUUGAUUGUUCGUCUUCGAUGCGUUUACGGGGGU